ACGUUAGGAAUUGCUUCGGCGUGUGUAUGUAUGUUGGUUUCUUAACAUAAAAAAAAACAUAUCAAUUUUAUAAUAAUGAAUUAAGACUGAUAUAAGAUAUCAUGGUAUGAGAUGGUUUUCUUUAAUGCAGUGAAUGCAAUGUAACCGUCGUGCAAGAGAUUGUUUAGUAUUCUGUAACCUCAAUGAUGAACGCUUGGAAUGAUCAUGACAUAAAUGAGACGCUUUCAUAACAAUAGUCCGUUCUGAGCCCAACACAGAGGUGAAUGUAAUGUAACCGUCGCGCAAGAGAUUGCCGAUAGGAUUGCUAAAGAUAACGUUGACGAGGGUGUUGCAGUGAAAUCAUAUAAAUAGAAAAUCGACACGAUCAGUUCCAGAUUCACACAAAUGGAUUGCUCCUUAAAUGAAUGCGGUGUUUGCGCCUCGGAGUCAGUUGUCGCUUUCUGUGAAAACUGUAAUUUUAAAAUUUGUGAAACAUGUUUUCAACUGCACAGAAAGUCGACCAAAUUAUUUCAGAAUCACGUGGCGUUUUUAAUUGACCAAACUAAAACGAUAAUAGAUGAGAGUAUAGCGGGCGAUAAUACACUUGCGGUUUCUACAGAGAGUUUCGGUGAUAUUAAUACUCACAAAUGUGCGACACAUAAAACAGAAAAUUUGAUAUUCUUCUGUACAGAACAUACAGAAACACUAUGUGGCCGAUGUGUUUUUUCAAGCCACAAACCAUGCAAAGUGGUUGAUUUAUUUGAGGUUAAUGUUGACGACGAAGAAGUACAUACUUGCAAGUCGCAUCUUCAAAACUUGGUCGAAAAUUUAAAGUCUACCGAAAACAAAAUUGAAAAAAACAAGUUGGAAAACAACGCAUGUAAACAAGAAUUUGGUACGAAUCUUCAACGCUUACGAACCGAGUUUAUCAAUUGGUUUGAUCGUCUUCAAUCAAAAUGCGAAAAACAGUGCAUUGAUACGUUUGAGACAAAUGCCGAGCGGUUAACACAAGCUCAAAUAUGUUGCCAAGAACACAUAGAGCGUAUUCAAAAACGCCAAGAGUUCGCGGAUAUUUUAAUUACGAAAAAACACGUAAAAAAAUUGUACAUAUUAUUAAAUGAAGUAAAAAAGGAAAUUGAGGAGGUAAAAUUGAAGAUAAAUUGGCUCAACAGCGCAAGCACCUUUAAUAGUUACAUCUUCAAGCGCAGCAAUUGUAUAGAAGAAUUUUUGAAUUCCCAUACGUUUGAAAUCGGUGGCCUAGAGGAGUGGUGUAGCGGAAGUGACGAGUUAUUGGAUGACUCAUCGUCGCUUACGGUUUCGACCCUUAGAACAACUGCAGAUCCUUGUUCUUUAGAUGAUAUGCCAAAAGGUGGUAAACAAGUAGUCUCUGGAAUUAUACGAGUAAAUGCGUUAAGCAUUAAAGCAGAUCGGUCUUGUUCUUCAACAAUACCACCAAUGCAAUUUAAGUCAGCUGAUAUUGUUAGUCAAGGUGCUGCUUCAGUUAGACAACAUCCACCAGAAAACUCCCCUAGACCACCGCCUAGACCAAUAAGGCAGACAUCAUUUCAUGGUGACGUUACAUUUAAUCAAGAUCAAGCGCAGUCGCUUUCCAGAAUAUCAACAGGUUCUACAAAUGAGAAGUCAGCGUGUUUGGAAACAAUCGAGAGUACUAGCAAGAUUCCAGAAUAUGAUUACCAGUCUACAGAAGAACAUCAUCCAAACGCAAAUAAUAAAACCCUAUCAAAUGGAAAGUAUAAAUUAGAGAAGCAUGGAACUAUAUGGUGUAUAAGAGACCUCAGUAGUGGAUUUCUGUAUCUGCAAAGGAAGAUUUCGGCAACGUCUAUUGAAUUUAAAGGCCCGGAGCUUUUGCUGGUUGAUAAUGUAUAUUAUCACAAAAUUGUAUCUGUUCAAGGCAGACCUAAAUUGAAGAAAUGUGACGAAAGUGACUGACCAAAAACCAGACAAAGCCUGGCUACGCAUCAGUGACUCUGACCGAAAAGCCGGCAUAAACUAACUACGCAGCUCUGAAAAGAUCUACACUGUUGAACUGUCCCUCAAAUGACAGUCGAUACAUACUAUUAAAUAGAGCAACAUUUGACGAACCUACCAACCGUAAUACCGACAGUUGUAUACAUGGUAGAGGUUUGUAGACAGCAACACCAUAAAUCGAAUAGUAUAAUAGGGUUUGAUAAUUAUGUGCACUCUUUAUUCAAAGCACCUCAAUUGUAUUGUUGUUAAAUGCUCCAAGUUUCUUAACACCUUAUAUGACAAAACAGUUAUUAUGCAUAGUAACUUCACUUUCGUUGACAACCUUUGUUACCAAAAUUUAAGCUAUAUGACAUGGUAACUAUUCAGUGUAUUAUACACAACUUAAUGAGUCCUCUGUAAAAUCAUAAUGCCAUACGAUUGUUGUGAUUUUUAUUUUAUUAUAAGACACGUGUUCGAUGACUGAUAUAGUAGUUAUAAAGCAACACAUAUGUAUUUGUUUUUCAUGCUUAUAUGGAUCAAGCUUUCGUGUUUCUUUAUUGUUUUAAAUGUCAUAACAUGCUUUUCUGUUAGGGUUGUAGAAAUCUACAUUUUAAAUUAUGUUAAUCAUUGAAACCCGCGUGCAUAACAAGCAAACAUUUCUUUAAAAAGUUAAUUAAGGUUGCAAUUUAUGUUUGGACGGUAUGCAUUAAAUAAAGUUCAAAGGAAUAAGAUGAUAGGUAAAAUGAUUUUUCGGGGCAAAUAAGAUUAUUUCUAAUAAGUGUUAUCAUAUCACAAAAGUGUAUUCAAAUGAUGAAAUCCGACAUAAAUACGAUUAUUCUCUUAUUACAUUUCUAAAAUGCAGAAAGAUAUCAAACAGUUUCCAAUUAAACAAGAGGGCCUGAAAGGCCCAAAGUCGCUCACCUGACAUAACAAGAUAUUAUUCGGACAAAUCUUCUGACCAAAUUUCAUGAAGAUCGGAAAAUAAAUGUUGCCUCUAGAGUGUUAACAAUGUUUUACUAUAGCGAUAUAAGGAGAAAUGCCCCGCCCCCUGGCAGCCAUGUUUUUCAACCAACCGGCAUCAUUUUUGAACUCGUCCAAGAUAUUAUCGGGAUAAAUCUUCUGACCAAGUAUCAUAAAGAUCGGACAGUAAAUAUGGCCUCUAGAGUGUUAACAAGAUUUUACUAUAACCAUAUAAGGAACAAUGCCCCGCCCCUUGGAAGCCAUUUUUUUCAAGCAACCAUACUUAUUUUCGAACUCAACCAAGACAUCAUUGAGACCAAUCUUCUGACCAAAUUUCAUGUAGAUUGGACAAUAAAUGUGGCCUCUAGAGUGUUAACAAGGUUUUACUAUAGCCAUAUAUAGCAAUAUAAGGAAACAUGCCCCGCCCCUGGUGGCCAUGUUUUAAGAGCAACCAAAACCAUUUUCGAACUCAUCCAAGAUAUCAUUGGGACAAAUCUUCUGACCAAGUUUCAUGAUGAUCGGAAAAUAAAUGUGACCUCUAGAGUGUUAACAAGGUUUUACUAUAGCCAUAUAAGGAAAAUAGCCCCGCCCCCGUGGUGGCCAUGUUUUUCAACCAACCGGCAUCAUUUUUGAACUCGUCCAAGAUAUUAUUGGGAUGAAUCUUCUGACCGAGUUUCAUGAAGAUCGGACUAUAAUUGAGGCCUCUAGAGUGUUAACAAGAUUUUACUAUAGCCUUAUAUAGCCAUAUAAGGAAAAAUGCCCCGCCUUUUGGCGGCCAUGUUGUUCAAGCAAACGUAACCAUUUUCGAACUCAUCCAAGAUAUCUUUAAGACAAAUCUUCUUACCAUAUUUCAUCAAGAUUGGACAAUAAAUGUGGCCUCUAGAGUGUUAAAAAGGUUUUACAAAAGCCAUAUAAGGAAAAAUGCCCCGCCCCUUGGCGGCCAUGUUUUUCAACCAACCGGCAUCAUUUUCGAACUCGUCCAAGAUAUUAUUGGGAUGAAUCUUCUGACCAAGUGUCAUGAAGAUUGGACAAUAAAUGUGGCCUCUAGAGUGUUAACAAGAUUUUACUAUAGCUAUAUAUAGCCAUAUAAGGAAAAAUGUCCCACUCCUUGGCAGCCAUGUUUUUCAAGCAAAAGUUACUAUUUUUGAACUCAUCAAAGAUAUUAGUGGAAUAAAUCUUCUGAGCAAGUUUCAUGAAGAUCGGAAAAUAAAUGUGGCCUCUAGAGUGUUAACAAGGUUUUACUAUAGCCAUAUAAGGAAAAAUGCUCCGCCCCCUGGCGGCCAAAUUUUUCCACCAACCGGCAUCAUUUUCUUACUCGUCCAAUAUAUUAUUGGGAUGAAUCUUCUGACCAAGUUUUAUGAAGAUCAGACAAUAAAUGUGGCCUAGAGUGUUAACAAGAUUUUACAAUAGCCAUAUUAGGAAAAAUGCCCCACCCCUUUGCAGCAAUGUUUUUCGAGCAAACGUAACCAUUUUCGAACUCAUCUAAGAUAUCAUUGAAAACAAUCUUCUGACCAAAUUUCAUGAAGAUUGGACAAUAAAUGUGGCCUCUAGAGAGUUAACAUGGCAAAUGUUGACGCCGCAGAACGGACGACCGACAUAAAGCGAUCACAAAAGCUCACCAAAAGCACGUUGUGCUCAGGUGAGCUAAAAAGCAUCUUAUGGAAAAGUUGAUAAAACGUUGCAAUUAUCCUCAAGUCUUAGUAAAGUAUGUUUAAUAUAUAUAUGAAGCUGUUGUAUGCUUAUGUGCAGGAUGUAUAAUUGUAGAAUAAAUGGAAUUGAAUUGAAUGAAUUAAGUGGAAACACACAUACGAUACAAACGCUUUUUAGCAGGAAGAUUAUACCGAUUAAAUAUGUUGAAAUUAAUAAGUUAAA